AUGAACCACCUGGAACAAGCGAUCCUCAAAGAAGCAGCCCUAGUCAAAACACUAGCAUCCCUACUCCCACAUAACAGCCAAACAGACAUCCACCAACUCCAAUUCCGAAUAGCAGACUUGGACGCAGCACUAUCACAAAUCGAACUCCAGAUUCAAACUGCCAGGAGUCUCGUUGCUGCCGAACGAGAAUCAUUAGCUCAGAAUAGUAAAGUAGUAGAAGCUGCUAUUGAUGAACAACAAAUGAUGCUGGAACAUGCCAUGGCGAAUCUACCGAAACAUUUGCCUAAAGUGACGAAGAAGGGUACCAAGGUGAAUGAGAAUAUCGGUGGUGGCGGUGGUGGAAAUGGUCGUGCCAACUCGCCGAUAGAAGAAAGACAGAAGAGAGUCGCGUUGAAGAAUAGUGCGAGGAUGAAUCUGGCUGGAAGUGAUGGUAUAUCGAAAGAUAAGGAGAAUGUGGAUGGCGCAAAGAAGGCUGUCAAGAAGAAGACUAUGCAGGAAUCGAUACCGGCAGAGAGCGGGACUACGUCUGUCGCGUAUCUGACUAUGAAUGAGUAUGAUAUGGUGCCCAAGUACAUGGUUGGCCGUUUGACACGCGACAAGAUCAACGACCUCAUAACCGAGUUCAACAAGAUUGUUGAAUCCAAAACAUCUAUCUUACGUCUACAACCAACCAAAAUGAAUAAACAUGAUAGGGAUCGCUAUUAUGAAAACCAGCAAUUGUCAAACUCUGAAGUCAAGGGCAAGACAUUUAUAACUGAAAAGGAUAUAAAGGAAUAUGCACAAGGAUCGCAUUUCAAACUAGAUCCUUCUGGGAGGGCUGUUAUUGGAAUACUCAGACAUUUGAAUCGAGUGAAGGAGGUUAGAGGUGGUGGGGUUGUACGCUUUCUUCUCUUAUAA